AUGAAAUUCCAACUCACCACACUUCUAACUCUCGCUCUGACUUCUGUCGCCAUUGCCAACAUCACGCCAAGAAGCACGAAGAACGUACUACGAAGACACCGCAUUUCUGCCGACGGGAAAUUUGACGAUCUUCUUGAGGCUCACGGAAUUUCUCAUGAUGAUGAGGGAUAUUCAUAUACCGAUUUUGACCCUAAGACGUUGGAACUUAUCGCUGACGGGGAAGACACAACGGAAUGGGAGGAUAUAUCGGGAAGUGGAAGAGUGAGAGAGACUGCCAUCUGGGAUGCUGGGGAGGGUGAUAGUGAGUUUGAGGGCGAUAUGGAGGAUCAAAGUGAGGGCGUAGAGUCUGGAGAUGAAGAAUGA